AUUUUAUCUAAAAUGUGUUAAACCACAGUGUGAUGUCUUGAUGUAAUAGGAUGUUGGGCGUGUUUCUGUGUGUGUAAUAUAAGCUGAUGUCCUGUUCUCAGUCUAGGACGGCGGGUUAUGGUGAAUGACAGAGUAAGCAUAACCUCCGCACUGUUUCUGUUAGUGAGAAGGUGGAAAUGCCUGCUUUGGUGCUUGUGUGUGUGAUCCUGCUGCUGGAUGUCACCACAGUGUCCAGCCUGCCUAGACUAAGGAGCUCAAUCAUUGGAGGGCAACGCGCUGCCAAAGGAAGGUGGCCCUGGAUGGCUCAAGUCUACGUGGCCAAAACUGCAGACUUUGGCACUGAUUGUGGCGGUUCUCUAAUUAACGAAAAAUGGGUUCUCAGUGCUGCCAGUUGCUUCAAACCAAAUUUUAUUAAAGAAGAUUCACUGGUGAGACUGGGAGCAUACUGGCUGUCUAUGGAGUCUGAUCACGAACUCCAGUUCGGGCUGAGAAAGGUCAUCAUCCACCCCAACUACGCUGAGAGCUCAAAAGGGGACAACAUUGCCUUGAUAAGGCUGGAUGGCGCGGUUGCCGCUUUCACUUUUGUGGAACCGGUCACCUUACCCAGUCCAACAGAUGUCUUUGACAAAAGCUCUGACUGCUGGAUAGCAGGCUGGGGUAUGACAGGAGAGAAUGUCCUUCUAAAAGAGCCGGGAGUUCUUCAGGAAGCCAAGGUACCGAUUGUUCCUGAUGAAAAAUGCAAGCGUUGUUUUAACAAUCUUUUACCCAACAUGGUCUGUGCUGGUGGUAAAGGAAAACUUGCCUGGGAGGGAGAUAUAGGAGGACCACUAGUAUGUCAAUCUGGGAAACAAUGGAUCCAAGUCGGAAUUGCAAGUUUUGGCAUCCUCACUCCAGAUAACAAGAUAUGUACCACGUCAUUCUACACGCGUGUCUCCAGCUAUAUGGAUUUCAUCAAUAACAAUACCAGGCUUACUGCUGGGUAGCAGUGCAACAUGAACCCUGAGCUAGAUUCUCCUAUUGAUGCAUAACGUUUCUUCCUCUCCUACCGUCCAAAUUCACAUUCCUCCCUUAUUGCUUAUCCCAUCACCCCAUCUUUCCCUUUUUUACCCCCUUCCCUACUUUAUCACCCAUUACUUUGCGCUGUACUCUGAAGUAUUGCUGUCAGCUCAUAAUCAGUGCUUGGCUUAUGAGUUAUAUCUGGGCAAUAAUAAAAAUGGAGCAUUUAAAUUGA